AUGGUCAGAUUAUCUAACUCCGUCGCUACCCUUGCCGCUUUGGCCACCUCUACCAAUGCUUUGACUACUUUGUCUCCUUCAGAUGAAACUGUUAACUUGAUUGAAUUGGCCGUCUAUGUCAACGAUAUUAAGGCUAACCUUAAUGAUUAUUUUGCUAUGGCAGCGGCUCACCCAGAACAAGCCUACCCAGACAUUAUUGCUAGUGCUGUCUUCGGUGAUGCUGAUUUCACCACCAUGUUGACUGGUAUCGAACCAGCUGAAGUCACCUCCAUGUUGACUGGUGUCGCUUGGUACAGUUCUAGAAUUGCCCCAGCUAUUGAAGCUUCUUUGUCUGCUAGAGGUAUUGUCACUGCUGUUGCUGAAGCCCCAGCUGCUUCCUCCGCUGCCCCAGCUGCUUCCUCCGCUGCCCCAGCUGCUUCCUCCGCUGCCCCAGCUGCUUCCUCCGCUGCCCCAGCUGCUUCCUCCGCUGCCCCAGCUGCCUCUUCCGCUGCCCCAGCUGCUUCUUCCGCUGCUACCGCCCCAGUCUUCGUCAACGGUACCUCUGUUGCCAGCAACGUCACCACCGCUUACGAAACUUCUAUCUUCUACAACACUGCUACUGUUACCAACUGUUCUUCCUCUGCUGUUGUCGAUGUCACUAAAACUGCUUUGAGUACCACUUUGGAAACUAUCACUUCCUGUGACGAAGUUUGUGUCAAAUCAAAGUCUAGCGCUGCUGCCGCUUCCACCAAGACCGCCACUGCUUUGACUACCACUUUGGAAACCAUCACCUCUUGUGAUGAAGGUUGUGUCAGAUCCAAGUCUAGUGCUGCUAAGACCUCCACUUACGCCAUCACUGCCCAAACCGCUAACGGUGCUGCUAAGCAAUACGCCGGUUUAGGUGCUGGUAUCGUCGGUGCUGCUGGUUUGUUGUUGUUAUAA